AUGGAGGGUGAGCCCUUGCCCGACGCUCCUGAUGCUCCCGAUACUCGAAUCUCCCCUACACUACAAUUGCAGACAACUACUGUCCCCGAGUUCCCAGCGCUUUCUCUGUCGCCCUCCUUUAAGCUAGAUGAAGGCUACUCGGAUGAUACUCGAAGCCAGGCCGACAAAGAUCUCGGAUCGGACAAUGUCAUGGCGCUUCCGAAUUGGGUGCUCGCCCAAUCCGAGGCCGGCAGAGCUGAGCUUGCAUACAGCCUUCUUCGGUCUCUUCGAACCUCCAGCAUCGCCGCAGUAGUUGAUCGACUUAACCCUAUCCUCCAUAUUGACCCGUGUGUCAGGCUUCCCCCGGAAGUCACAUGGGAGAUCUUCACCUACCUCGACGCUCGGACGCUUCUGAAUGCCUCGCUUGCGUCUCGUUCAUGGCGUGAACGUAUCCUUGACUCAGGUCUGUGGAAAUUCCACUACAUCCAUGAAGGUUGGGACAUGGACACGAGCGCGAUUCGUGCGUUUGAACAAGAACAUUCCGAGGCCAUGUCGCCUCAGACUCGAAAGUCCCGCUUACGACACUCGGAACCAGAUCUCGGGGAACCUAAGCAGAAAAAGCGCGUGCCGUCUACUUGGCUCGAUUCCCGAAGCGGUGGAAACCAAAAGCCGACCGUGUUUGGCCCCGAGCCCCCGGUGGCCGACAGUGAAGGUGAUCACUACAUGACUGAUGAUGACGAUCAAGCUGCACCUUCGUCAACUGACGACCCGGAGUUCACUCUGCCUACAAAUAUCUCCCUAUCUCCUUCGCCACUCUACCCACCUCUACGCUCGCAUCUUCUCAUCCGGGAUACCGAUGGAAGCGCUAAAGUCAACUAUUUCCAUAUCUACAAGCAACGCAGGCGGCUCGAAGCAAAUUGGCAUCAUGGCCGAUACACCAAUUUCCAACUUCCUGACCCGUCCCACCCAGAAGAAGCCCAUCGGGAAUGCGUAUAUGCGAUCCAGUUCGAAGGCCGGUGGCUAGUCAGUGGGAGCCGAGACAAGACUGUGCGAGUCUGGAACCUGGAUACCAAACGACUGUGGCAUCCCCCGCUGGUGGGCCAUAUCAAGUCUGUCCUUUGCCUGCAAUUUGAUCCUCGGCCCGAGGAAAACAUCAUCAUCUCCGGCAGCAGCGACAGGUCCGUCAUUGUAUGGAAGUUCUCCACUGGAGAAAAGAUCCAUCAAAUUGAACAAGCGCAUACUGACUCCGUGCUCAAUCUCAAAUUCGACCAUCGUUACCUUGUAACAUGUUCCAAAGACCGAACUGUGAAGGUAUGGAACCGCCGGGAUCUUCUGCCGAACAGCAAGGACUAUCCGCGUAUCUGCCAUGGAUCAGCUGCCACAUAUCCUACAUGGAUAGUAGAUCUGAACGCGGUUGCACCGAACGUUCUUGAAGCUGGAAUUGCGCGUGAGCAAUACAAAGCCCUAGAGCCUUACACCUUGCUUAUGACCGUGGAAGGACAUGGAGCCGCCGUGAAUGCGAUGCAGAUCCAUGGUGAUGAUAUUGUGACGGCGUCUGGAGAUCGAGUGAUCAAGGUCUGGAACAUCCGCACUGGUGCUUGCUCGAAGACCUUGCUGGGCCACGAGAAAGGCAUUGCAUGUGUUGAGUUCGACAGCCGAAGAAUCAUCAGUGGCAGCAAUGAUAACUCCGUUCGCAUCUACGAUCAUGCCACCGGAGCUGAGGUGGCGUGUCUGCGAGCUCAUAGUAAUCUCGUUCGCACCCUUCAAGCAGGGUUUGGUGAUGCUCCGGGAGCCGAUGAAACGUUGCGCGGAGAAGCGCGAGCAUGUGAAGCUGCGUUCUUCGCCGCGCAAGAGGCCGGAUUGGAUGUCGACAUGGGUCAUCGUGAGCAACGCCGCAAUGGCUACCAACCGAACACUGCUGGGUCACGGGACCCUCGCGAUAUCCCUGCUCUGGGAGCAAAAAUCCCACCCGGUGGGGGGAGGUAG